AAAAGAAAAAAACUUGCGGAAAUGUUUAGUGAAGCUACUUGUGGUUCAAUUUUCCCUUUUACCCUGGUCAAAGACAAUGUAGAAGAGCUUAAAAAACAAGUCCCAAACAUUUUCCAAGUUAAAAGUGCUAUAAACAAUUACACUUGGAAGAGUCGACUAUUGAAAACCCCUUUACGUGAUAAUUCUCAUGUGCUCAAUUGUACUUUGAGUGCACAACAUUAUCACUUUGAUAGUGGCAACCAUCACCCUAAAUCACCUUGCAGGGAUCAAAAUCUUGGCAAUCCUCAACAUUCUCUUCCUUUGCACGAUCACAGCAAAGAAAAACUGUUCAGUGAUAUUCUGCUACAUGGUCUUGAUGAAGAAGAUAGAAUGUACCUGAAGAAAAGCUUUAAUCAGUUGUUGGAUGAUGGAGAGAGUGACUGGACUGAGCAGCUAGAAUGGAUUCCUCAUCCACCCACCACAGACAAUGCCCUUGGCACCUCUGUAUCCCCUGAAGAUACUGGUCAUAACCCAGUGAACAGAAGUGGAUGUGCUAGAUCUGAAAAAUAUGUGAAAGGGGUUAAAAAACAUUCCAAAAUGCAAGCCAAGUAUAGACAUCAAAAAGCAGAACCAGCAGUUACUAGCACAGAAUUUUCUUAUUGUAAAAAAUAUAAAGUUACUAAGCAAACAAUGUCUAGAGAAGCCAGAAACAACCAGAGAAGACUGUCUACAGCAUACCAAAACAUUACAAACAGUAAUUUACUUAAAUUGAACGAACUUAAAUUUCGUAAAAAAAAAUUAAGUGUAGAAAAGAGUGAGAUUCACGGAUUAGGUGUGUUUGCUGCAGAACCGAUUAAUGCUAAUGAAUUCAUCAUAGAAUAUGUUGGACAAGUCAUAAGACCUGUCAUAGCAGAUCUAAGAGAAAAAGAGUACAAGAAAGCUGGACUCGGAUAUUACUGCUUCGCUGUUGAUGAUAACACAGUAAUCGAUGCGACAAAAUAUGGAAACAUUAACCGAUACAUCAACCACAGCUGUAACCCUAAUAGUUAUGUUAAGAUUUUAGCAAUCGAAAACAAAAAGAAAAUUGUUUUCUUUUCUAAAAGAGAUAUUAAAGUGGGCGAGGAAAUUACUUUUGACUAUAAGAUGAAAAUCGAGGAGGACAAAAUUCAAUGCCUAUGUAAAGAUUCUGGAUGCAAAAAAUCGUUAAACUAAUACGGCUUAGUAAUGGCAAGAGUUGAUUAAGAUGAUCACAAUCAGUACAGCCGUACAAAUUAAGGCAUUUAGGCUAUGCUAUGGAAAACCAAACACAAAUUUUUAAUAUGAAUGAUCCUAAAAGGAUACCAAGUUUCGAAAUCAUAGAUUUUAAUCAUCUAUAAGUGUUCAUAGUUUUUUUUAGUUAAUUUAUGGUUGUCUCUAACCAUAAUCAUUUUAGAUUUUAAGCUAGUAAUAAGAGUGGUUUGUGAUCAAUAUCUAUUUAGCUCUUGUUCUCUUUGGAAUAAAUGUGUACAAUUAAGAAAUUUAAAAGCAUUUUCAAAAAUUUGUUUUUUGUUCGGUUUUAUAAUGGUAGUUAAGAGAUGUGGAAAGUGUCAGUCUUGGUGAAGUCAGUUAAAUUUAUCAAUAGAAAUAAGCCUAUAACAAAGCAAUUAUUACUGAAGCGCUGAGUUUUAAACAUAUGAUUGUGCAUUUUGUCAUGAAAAAUCAUCAAGGAGUUUUAGUUAAACUGAUUGUCACUUCUCGUUAAGUGAAAAUAUGUUUAGUUCAAUUAAUUUCCUUGUGAAUUACAUAUGUAAAGGUUUUAGUUUAUGUACUUGAUGUUGACUUGAGUUGGUGUGCUUUAGUGGUUAAAAUGUGUAUUGUACUUAAAGUAGGAUGAUAGAAUUGUAUAAUAUGUGGUAUAGGUACACAAAUGUUAAAAGAGUAGGUCUAUCUCCAGGGGAACUAAGGAGGAUUUUGGUAAAAUCUGUUGGAAUUCUGUAAAUUUACCGAUCACUCUCUUAAAAAUAACAAAUUUCCACUUAAUAAUACUGUUUCACUCUGUCAAAACGGCAUAAAAAGCGUUAUUUCAGAUGUCUCCAUCAAAACUACACAACAAAAAUUAACAUUAGGUUUGGGCAGGCUCGUUUCACACUGACACUAAACAUUAGAAAAACUUUAUGUUUUAUACAAAUAAUCGAAACUCUGUUAAAAUCUUGUGUCCAGAUAGUGUAUA